UUAGUGACCAAGAUGAAUCGUCCAGCAUUAGUCGUCGGCAUCCUCUGCCUGCUGCAGGGAGCUUUGGCCGAUCCGCGGCCAGAUUUCGGUGUACAGCCGAAAAUUCCUGUCAGUGCCACCGUGAACAUCUCGUUCGUGGAGGCAUUGGUGGAAGUCAACGAUAUCACCAAUUUGCCGCUGAACGCCACGUUGCAGCUCAGCAAUGCCAAGCUGCAAGCUGUCUAUAACAUGAUCCAAACCGUUCUUAAUCAAACCAACACCUUGACAGCCACGUUCAAGUACCAAGAGCUUUUCACCGUGGACAAUGGAACGGAGCUAGCGUUCGCCAACAUUCUGACACCGAUCGAUAAUAUGGUAUUCUACAUCCAGAAUACCUCGCUAACCGAUAUUAUUGCCCCCCUUAACACAUCGACCCAAUACCAAGGCAUUGUGGACGAGCUGAUCGAUGAAUACGGACGUCUUGCCUUGGGGUUGGUUCAGCUGAAGGCUGAGCUGGUUGCGGUGAAGACAAAUCUGGACAGUGCCGUAGCAGCCAACGGAAACAGCACGACUAUAACGGCUACCCAGUUGGCCACCUAUCUGAAAUCUGCGGCCGUGUACAAGCUGGUGCGUGCCGUCAACCGCGUGAAGGCGUACCUGCCGGUCAUCACCUACUCGCUCGACACAAUCUAUGAGAAUCUCAUUGAAGCCAACAAUUUUAUCGUCACUCUGCAAGCAGAGGUAAACGCUGUCCCGAACAGCAAUGCCACUGAUUAUGGCGCCGCUUACAAGGUUAGCUCGGACGCUGUUGAACUGAAUACCACUAGCGGUAUCGCUGCUAGUCUGAGCGUGUCAGCGAAUCUUAACACCACACUCAGCGCUAUUACCAAUUUCACGGCAACCGCCAACGCGAGUACCAUCUUAACUAAACUCAGUGAAUUAGCAACGAAAAAUACGUCUGCUCUGGCUGCUACACUGACAAACGAAUUUAACACAACAGUGUUCGCACUUAGAAGCUUUAUUGGCGGUAAGGCUCAGUCUAUUAACGUCACUGCUGAUCCCAACGUACAAACGCUGAUCGACGUUCUGAUGGGUAACAACUUCGGCUACGGUCGCUACUGCUACCACAAGUACAAGGAGCUGAUGGCUGGUCUCUUCGACAACGGAUUGGAUGCUGGUUUCGAGUGUACGGACAAGGAGGCCGAACGGUUGACCAAUCUGCAGAGUGUCAUCACUGCACUCCUGGUUCAAAUCGGAUUCGACACGGAGGACAUCACCACUCAAGCUACUCUUUGCGCCGGUUUGCCAGCUGCUCAGGCCAACUCGUGUGUAGCAUCGGUUACCGACUACUACGUCAACCUGUUUGACGCCACAUCGCAAAAGAUCGAUGCGCUGUACACGUUCGUGACGAAGGAAGCCAUCGCCAGCAGGAACCGCGUGCUAAUCUGCUUCGCGCUGUCCUACUUCCAGCUAGCGGGCGGUGAUGCUUCACUGAUCUCCACCAAUGUGCUCGCUUGUUCCAGAGAUGGUCCCGCCGGUACUACGGAGUAAGGUCAAGAGCGGCCCAA